UAGGGGUUAAAAUGUAAGAAACAAAUAUGUAGGGCCACUAUUAACAACGUAAUAAUAAAUCAAGGGCUUCAUUUCCAAAACGUUUGCUCAUAAUAAGAUUGUCGCCGGGAGGAUCAGCGCGUGAUCCACACUUCCUGACUCGUUUCCGAUGGCGAUCAUCUACGCGGUUGUAGCGAGGGGGACGGUGGUACUAGCGGAAUUCAGCGCCGUCACGGGGAACACAGGCGCCGUGGUGCGGCGAAUCCUCGAGAAGCUUUCGCCGGAAACCGCCGACGAAAGACUCUGUUUCUCCCAAGACCGUUACAUCUUCCAUAUCCUCAGAUCCGAUGGCCUUACCUUCCUCUGUAUGGCCAACGAUACCUUCGGAAGGAGGUUACCGUUUUCGUAUUUGGAAGAGAUUCAUAUGAGGUUCAUGAAGAACUACGGGAGAGUGGCGCAUAGUGCUCCAGCUUACGCGAUGAACGAUGAGUUCUCGAGGGUUUUGCAUCAGCAGAUGGAGUUCUUCUCUAGUAAUCCUAGUGUUGAUACUCUCAAUCGUGUCCAAGGAGAAGUCAGUGAGAUUCGAUCGGUGAUGGUAGAUAACAUUGAGAAGAUAAUGGAGAGAGGUGAUAGGAUUGAGCUUCUUGUUGAUAAAACUGCAACUAUGCAAGAUAAUGCCUUUCACUUCAGGAAACAAUCCAAGCGCUUACGCAGAGCUCUUUGGAUGAAAAACGCUAAGCUCUUGGUAAUGUUGACGUGCGUGAUAGUUCUUGUGCUGUACAUAAUAAUUGCGUCUUUCUGUGGAGGCAUCACUUUGCCCUCCUGCAGAUCUUAGUCUCAGAGACUCCAUCGAAGGUAGAUGAUCUUUUCCGGAGCGUACAGCUUGAAGCAGACCACUGUUUUUGUAAAUCACCCAGUUGCAUCCUUCAGUUUUCAGUCUUGAUUUAUCAUAAAAAUGACAGUAAGCUUUGAGAGGUUACAUGCCAUGGUCCUCCUCGCUUUUAUAACGCUCUUGUAAAUGUUCACAUUGCAUUAAACUCUUUACCUUGUCUUAGAUUUUUAGCCACUCGUGUGAUUUUGUUCAUUGUGUUUCCACAACUUUAUUACGUUUGUCUCUUAUGAUUCUUGAAUCUUCAAUAUACAUCACAUAUGCGUAAUUUAUUUUGUUCAAA